UAGGUUGUGUUUUAACUCAUCGUAUAGUACCGUCGGUCGUUUAUACCGGUCGUAUAACAGUCCGUCGAUAUAUGGUUUUGUACGAGAACAAUAUGAGUGUAUAUCAUACACAUAAUAAUAUUAUAAUGUCAACGACGCGCAAGCAUAUUAUAUGAGCAGCGGUUCAUUGAAAUAAUAUCUACCUACGUCGGCUUGAAGAUAAUAUAUAAUAAUGAUCUGAGGCGUUCCUUAUUAUGGUAAAAAAACGUAAAGUCGGAGUUUAUCAGUCAUAACACUUAUGUUUUUGGAAUACAUUUUUAACAAUGUUGGAGUUUUAAGUCAAACGUAAUAGGUGUCGAUUAUUGUCACGCAUUAAAAAGUUAACGUUAGUACAACGUAUUGUGUAAGCAAAAAUUUUGGGAAAAUCGUCUUUAGAAUUCAAUAAAGUAUAUUGCAUAUUAUACAGCGUUGACAGAGAAUGAUCAACGGAAUAAUCGAAUUUGACAGAAAAGUCGAUGGACUUCCACUGACGGUAUUGGGAGAACUAACUUGUUCGACGACGAGAUACAAUUGGAAUAUAUUUUUGGCCGUGGUACUCAUGUGUUACAUCAGUCUUCAAAUAUGUUCAUUGUUGCUGUGGCCGCCGGCAAGAUUUGACUUCAGCACCGUCGUUAAAUAUUUUUUUGAGAUGCCAUGCAUCACGGAGUUCGUGAUUUUCGCCACGUCGUACUUUUAUCUCCACAAUUUGGGAUAUAGAUUUAACAUAUUGAAUAGUUUUUGUAAGCGGUUACUUGACGGACUUGUUACCACCACCGACACACCGACACAAUCCGAAAUCUCUAAUUUCAUAGAAAAUAUACGGUUACUACACGCUGAACUGUGUGAAUUGUUGCGUACCUUUAGUUCGGGCUACGGUGUGGUGUUGUUGUUUUUCUUUGUGUCCAAUUUUUUGGAUCUCUUGCGGUAUUUAUACUAUUUAUUACACAUGUCCAGAUAUUUGUCGUCCAAAAAUAAUGCUUACUUUAGCACUUUAAACAGCUUAAUGACCAUUGUGAUUUGUUCACAAAACGUCAUCUUCGUUUUGAUUUUACUAAUUUCUGUAACUUGGAUAAAUAAAAAGAAAAUGGAAAUAGUUUCAUUUCUAAGAUUAAUACAUAUUUCAAAACUACCAUUUGGUACUAAGUCGCAAAUCAAAAUGUUUAUGAAUCAAUUAUCAACUUACGAAUGUGAUCAAAUUACAGCUUAUGGUAUUUUUCCUAUGGAUUUGCGAUUUAUAUUAUCAUUCCUCUUAAUAAUCACGACAACUUUGGCCACAUCGUUACAAAUGAAAGAACAUCCAUAUUUGGUUAAAUUUAACAGAGCGUACCAUUCAUAUUUAAAGUUCGAAUACUUACAUUUGCACGAAUAAGUAUAAUAAGUAUAUAACGUCUCACUUAAUCACGUAUCUGAACGUAUUGGAUUAUAUCACGUCAUGUCAUAUCAUAAAGAUUAAUUUAUUAUUGUGAGUUAUACUUUAAGGCUUAAGCACCUACGUAAGUGUGUUUUUAGUAUUGUAUCGUUUUUUUGUAAAUAAAUAGCAUUUGUUAUAAGUAAUAUUAAAUGGAAAUUCUUAUUAUGGUAAUUUAUAAAUAUUCAACUUCUAAGGAACACUUAAGAAAUUAUACAUUUAAUGAUGACCAUACAUUUGAAUUAUAAAAUAUUUAACAGUAACACUCGUCACCGUUGUGGAAAUA